CAUCAGGUAGUGAGCAUGGAGAAGAUGGAGGACACCAGUCUGCUGCCCAGCCCCAUCCUCAUCAGCAUCAGGAGCAAGAUGGUCUUCCAGUUCAUCGAGCUCAAGGAUAGAGAGACCUUGGUGGAGACCCUGCUUGAGAGACUGAAGCAGGUCCACGCCAACCAUCCUGUGCACUAUGACACCUCAACCAAUGACAAGGACAUGGCUGGACACACAUCACCUGUUUUGUACUUGACAAGCAGGUGCAGUGACCACAAGUUUGGGGAUCUUGAAAUGGUGUCUUGUCACAGCAGCAAGGAGCGUGAAGACAAGAGCCCACCUCUGCACCCCGGACACCUGACUGUGGUCCUCCAGCCUUUGUGCAGCCAGAACCCUGACUCCCACCUGGUUGUUGAAGCUACUCCUUCCCUGGUGUGCCAUGGACACUAAAGGCUGGGCAAUGACCAUGGAGGGUGUGGCACCUGAGCACCAGCUCCUCCACCUGGGUGGAGAGGUGGCCGUGGAUCUUGGGCUGCAAGGGCUCUAUUGAGGACUCAGACAGCAGAGGGGGAGCCGGCCUUUCCCCUGUCCGUUAGUGGCUCUCGUGUCAUUCCUGCUGUGUGACUUGGGCAGUGGGUGAUGCCGGCCCUGUGGGUUUUCAGGUGUCAACCAAGUGUUCCUCCCACUGGCCGGUGGCAUCUGUGAGCAUCUCAGUGUCAAUUUCCCGCGUGUGUGUCCUGGGACAAAGGGCUGCCUGUCCUCUAAUUUUAAGAACUAAAAAUAUUUUUGCUACAUUCAUACUUUUUCUUUAUAUGGAAAAUUUGAGGUGAAUAGACUCCAAUUUCGUAAGUAGACUCUAUGUGGCAGUGAAGAGACUAGUUUUGACCUUGUCACUCCCUUGGGGACCAGGUGUGGCUGCAGACCUUAUUACCCCACACUCCUUCUAAGUUACUGCAGCUCCUGCAGCAUCAGUUGUUACUUUUAGUGAUCCAGACUGAACCUUUCUUUUCAGAUGUGAUGCAUGCACACACACACA